GAGGAAAUGGGCAUUUCCUGUGAACUGCUGGAAUCGGACUUCCUCAAAUGCAGCGUGGGAUUCCCUUUCAUGAGGUCCAAGUCGAAGUAUGAAUUCAGCGUCAUCUUUGAUACGAGCCAUCUGUCUGGAGAAGAAGAAGUUCUCAGCUUCAUCAUUACUGCUCAGAGCGGCAACACGGAGCGCUCCGAGUCCCUGCACGACAACACCCUCACGCUGAUGGUGCCGCUGAUGCACGAAGUGGACACGUCCAUCACAGGAAUCGUGUCUCCAACCUCCUUUGUGUACGGCGAGUCUGUGGCCGCGGCCAACUUCAUUCAGCUGGAGGACCUGCCGUGUCACUUCCAGCCCCUCAACGUCACCCUUCAG